GACGCUCACCAGGUGUCCCUAGCUCCGUGGCUGGGAUGUUGGUGGAGUUGGCGCUGAAGGCAGGUGUGCUUGGUGUCCAGGCACCUGUGCCCUGUGCACUGCACCUGAGCAGAGGCCUUCUGCCCUCUCACCUUUGUUGACUAGGGCCGUUAAACAGUAGGAAAUGGAAUUUGGGAUACUGCAGACAUUGAUUUUUGAGGGAAAUGGUAGGACGGGUGCUGGAACCUCAGGUAGGAAGGGUAAGGUGCGUGCUGUCCCUGUGCCUCCACGUGUUCACGAGGUGUCCUGGCGUGGCCCCCGCCCCCCGGUGUGUAAAGGGGUGGUGUGAGGGCUCUGGAAAUGAGAAAUUGGCCCUAUCUGGGGGAGAGAAGUGCCCUGGAGACUGACAUCUGAUACAAUGAAUAGUCUGGGGCCCACAUAGAGGCAUCGUCUGCAUGUCAAUAUCUUAUACCUGUAAUCGCUCCUGCUCCGCUUAAAGGAUGCCUCUAGCAUGACAGGCGCAGAGAUUCUGCCAGCUUUGUGGCCAUGAAGGAGACGGACCGGGAGGCUGUUGCGACAGCAGUCCAGAGGGUUGCUGGGAUGCUUCAGCGCCCGGACCAGCUGGACAAAGUGGAGCAGUAUCGCCGAAGAGAGGCCCGGAAGAAGGCCUCCGUGGAGGCCAGAUUGAAGGCCGCGAUCCAGUCGCAGUUGGACGGGGUGCGCACGGGCCUCAGCCAGCUCCACAGCGCGCUGAGCGACGUCAAGGACAUCCAGCAGUCCCUGGCCGACGUCAGCAAGGACUGGAGGCAGAGCAUUAACACCAUCGAGAGCCUCAAGGAUGUGAAGGAUGCCGUCGUGCGGCACAGCCAGCUCGCCGCCGCCGUGGAGAACCUCAAGAACAUCUUCUCAGUGCCCGAGAUCGUGAGGGAGACCCAGGAGCUCAUAGAGCAAGGGGCACUGCUGCAGGCCCACCGGAAGCUGAUGGAUCUGGAGUGUUCCCGGGACGGGCUGAUGUACGAGCAGUACCGCACGGACAGCGGGAACACACGUGACAUGACCCUCAUCCACAGCUACUUCGGGAGCACGCAGGGGCUGUCUGACGAGCUGGCCAAGCAGCUGUGGGUGGUGCUGCAGAGGUCUCUGGUCACCGUGCGCCGUGACCCCACCUUGCUGGUCUCAGUUGUCAGGAUCAUCGAAAGGGAAGAAAAAAUUGACAGGCGCGUACUUGACCGAAAAAAGCAAACUGGCUUUGUUCCUCCUGGAAGGCCCAAGAACUGGAAGGAGAAGAUGUUUGCCAUCCUGGACAGAACCGUGACCACCAGGAUUGAGGGCACGCAGGCGGACACCAGGCAGUCUGACAGGAUGUGGCUCGUCCGCCACCUGGAGAUCAUAAGGAAGUGCGUCCUGGACGACCUCAUCGUCACCAGGAACCUGAUGGUGCAGUGUUUUCCUCCUCGCUACCAGAUUUUCAGGAACCUCCUGAAUGUGUACCACCAGGCUCUAAGCACACGAAUGCAGGAGCUCGCAUCAGAGGACCUGGAAGCAAACGAGAUCGUGAGCCUGCUGACGUGGGUCUUAAACACUUACACCAGUGCAGAGAUGAUGGGGAACGCAGAGCUGGCCCCGGACGUGGACGUCGGGGUCCUGGAGCCUCUGCUUUCUCCAGACGUGGUCUCCGAGCUGCUCGACACCUACAUGUCGACUCUGACAUCGAACAUCAUUGCCUGGCUGCGGAAAGCCCUAGAAACAGACAGGAAGGACUGGGUGAAAGAGACUGAACCUGAGGCCGACCAGGACGGCUACUACCAGACGACACUGCCCGCCAUCGUCUUCCAGAUGUUCGAACAGAACCUUCAAGUCGCUGCUCAGAUAAGUGAAGAUUUGAAAACAAAGGUACUCGUUUUGUGUCUUCAGCAAAUGAAUUCUUUUUUAAGUAGGUACAAAGAGGAGGCGCGGCUGUACAAGGAGGAGCACCUGCGGAAGCGGCAGUACCCACGCUGCUACGUACAGUACCUGGUCGCCCUCGUCAACAACUGCCAGGCCCUCAAAGAGUCCAUAGUCAGUUUAAAAAGAAAGUAUUUGCCACAAGACGUGGAAGAAGGCGUGUCUCUGAGCCAGCCGAGCAUGGAUGGGCUUCUGGACGCCAUUGCGGAGGAGGGCUGCGGCAGCCUGCUGGAGGAGGUCUUCCUGGACCUGGAGCAACAUCUCAAUGAGCUGAUGACAAAGAAGUGGCUGUUAGGAUCAAACGCUGUAGACAUCAUCUGUGUCACCGUGGAAGACUAUUUUAAUGAUUUUGCCAAAAUUAAAAAGCCAUAUAGAAAGCGGAUGAUGGCCGAGGCGCACCGGCGCACGGUGCAGGAGUACCUGCGGGCCGUCAUGCAGAAGCGCAUCUCGUUCCGGAGCGCCGAGGAGCGCAAGGAGGGUGCCGAGCGGAUGGGGCGGGAGGCCGAGCAGCUGCGCUUCCUCUUCCGCAAGCUGGCUUCCGGGUUUGGUGAGGAGAUGGACGGGCACUGUGACGCCAUCAUCGCCGUUGCCGAAGUCAUUAAGCUCACGGACCCUUCUCUGCUCUACCUGGAGGUCUCGACUCUGGUCAGCAAAUACCCAGACAUCAGGGAUGACCACAUCGGCGCGCUGCUGGCCGUGCGGGGGGACGCCAGCCGGGACAUGAAGCAGACCAUCAUCGAGACGCUGGAACAGGGCCCGGCCCAGGCGAGUCCAGAUUACGUGCCCAUCUUCAAGGAUAUCGCGGUUCCCAGCCUGAACGUGGCCAAGCUCCUCAAGUAGCUGCGAAUUGCAGAGUCGCACCCUGAGUGAACGGUGAGCCCCGUGUGGUCCCUACCCCCGCCGCCGCCCCGCUGGACAGGCUUCUCGGCAGCUGAGCUCCGAGGGGACCGUGGGGAUGGCUUCAGCGUUCGCCCCGUUCCUCCUCCCGUGCAGGAUGUGGCCUGUGCGGUGCUGGGCUGCUCUGAGGGUCCCAGUUCCUUCCUCACAGGCUUUCAGGACAGAAGAGUGGAUGCUGUGCUCUAUUUCCUUCUCACGAGGGGUGGGACUUUUUUCUUGGAAGAAUCAAAACCUAAAUGGAGACACUAGGGUGUUCUUACAAGUGUUGCUCAGAAGAGACGUGAUCUUCCUCGAGGUUUCCUGCCAGUGUGCUGUCUGUUAAUAUACACGUUAAUCCGCUUCCCUGCAUGACGAGACUUGGUGUCUAGUAGGUAGCACUGCUCAGUACAGUUUUUGAGUUAAUAAAGUCGAGUGUUAACAGUCGUUAGUCAUUGCCCCUCAUGUUAAUGAAGAUACAUUUAUUUUUCCACUGGCUGAGAGAAUUUUCACUCUGAGUUACUUCUCGAAUAAAUAUCCGGGGUGACUCUUCACAACAGCAGACCCGAGUAACCCGU